GCUGCACGCUGGUGGAACACUCGGCACGUACUUUAAUUUGGAUUUAAAGCCUUUGAAAGUCUCCAAGUUCUGUUCGAAUUUUGCGCUAUUUUUGUUCAAAUAAAAUGGCCUAUCGACUUGCUGUCGGCCUAGCAUUACUAGCAGUACAAGUUGCAUGGCUAAAAUUUACUUGGCUGCUGGCGUGUAGUAUUACGUUUUGUCUCUACCUUGUUUCUGGUGGCUGGAGAUUUGUGCGUUUGCUAUGGUUAACGUUUCCUCGUGAUCUCAGGGGUGCUAUUUUUCAAUGGAAAGUUGCAUCAAAGAUUCGGCAGUAUUCACAUAGCAACAACACAGUAUGUGAUAUUUUUCAAAUGACAGCAGAAAAGCACAGAGAUAAAGUUGCAUUUGUGUUUGAGGACAAGUAUUGGACAUUUCAAGAAGUUGAAUAUUUCUCCAACAAAGUUGCAAAUUAUUUUCAAAGUAUUGGAUAUAAGAAAGGAGAUGUUGUUGCACUCUUUAUGGAGAAUCGACCAGAGUUGGUUUUCUUUUGGCUUGGCUUGGCAAAAAUUGGUGUUAUUUCAGCUCUUGUUAAUUAUAACCUAAGAAAGGAGUCACUUAGUCAUUCUAUAUCGAUUGUAAAUGCAAAGGGGUUAAUUUACUCAAAUGACCUUAUUAUAGUUGAUGCUGUAACAGAUAUUUCACCAAAUGUGGAAUUAUAUGAAUUUGAUGUUGGGGGCAUUUCAAGCAGCCUCAAAUCAAAAAAUAUCUUGGAAGAGUUCAAAGAAUGUUCAAAAAAUCCACCACCAUUACUUGAUGAGAAAAAAUUUGAUGAUGUCGUAUUGUAUAUUUACACGUCUGGAACAACAGGACUGCCUAAAGCCUCCAUCAUAAAACACAGUAGGUUUUUGCGUAUAACUACCGCUUUGACCACAUUACUUCAGAUAAUUCCUAAUGAUGUCAUAUAUUGUGUUCUACCGCUGUACCACACAUCUGCUGGCGUUGUUGGCGUCGGUGCUGUGAUCUCGAAUGGUGCUACGCUGGUGGUACGACGAAAGCUCUCAGCAAGUCGUUUCUGGGAUGAAUGUAUUGAGUACAAAGCGACGAUUGCGAUAUACAUUGGUGAGCUUUGUCGUUACAUACUGGCUCAACCACCAAAGGAAAGCGACAAAAAACACAAGCUACGUCUCAUGACUGGAAACGGUCUUCGUCCACAAAUUUGGAACCAAUUUAAAACAAGAUUUAAUAUUCCUUUUAUUUUUGAAUUUUACGGCGCAACUGAAAGUAAUGUUAGUUCGCGGAAUGUGGACGGCUAUCCUGGCGCCAUUGGAUCUUUGCCCGUAAUUGCGUCGUCAUUGUCGCCUACGGCUACGAGGUUGUUUAAGAUCGAUCCGUUGUCUGGUGAACUGGCUCGAAACUCGGACGGCUUGGCUAUUCCUUGUAAUCCUGGAGAAGUUGGGCAAAUUGCUGGUAGAAUUAAUAACCGUAAAGUACUCAGUCGUUUCGAUGGUUACGUGAACAAGCAAGCUACUCAGAAGAAAAUUGCGCACGAUUUAUUGAAAAAAGGAGACGAAUGGUUCCUCAGCGGUGACGUACUUUACUGGGACGAGCUCGGUUAUCUCUUCUUUCAUGAUCGUCUUGGCGACACUUUCCGAUGGCGUGGCGAAAAUGUCUCAACCUCUGAGGUCGAGGGAGUAAUGGCGAAUGCCUUAGGUUUGAAUUCUGUUGUAGUGUACGGCGUCCAGAUUCCCGGAUGUGAAGGCCGCGCAGGAAUGGCUGCGAUCGAAGAUCCUGAUGACGUCAUAGAUGUGAAGUUUAUCUCUAGUAAGCUACCGGAGGUGUUGCCCUCGUAUGCUCGACCAGUAUUCCUUAGAGUUACAAAUGUUGUGGAUACCACAGGAACAUUUAAGUUCCAGAAAACAAGAUUUCGAAAAGAAGGAUUUGAUUUUUCUAUUGUUAAGGAUAAGUUGUUCUUUCUUGACUCGAAGUUAGGUGAGUAUUGUGUUUUGACUGCGGAAAUUCAUGGAAAAAUUGUCGAUGGUGAUAUGAGAUUUUAAAUGAUCAAAAACAUUAUCUCGAACUUUACUGGCGGUGUAGGUCCGGUAAUGAGUGGGUUAUUAGUAAAAAGUUGGAGUAAGGAAUGCAUUUGAUAAAACUAAAUGCGGGGUUUAUAUUUCAUUGACUGCGAGUUGUCGUUUUUACUGAUGUUUUUGUGUCUUGUCUUAUAAUUUCUAAUAUUAUGAGUAAGGUAAUAUCAAGUAGAGUUUAGUAAAAAUGUGAACUGCUUUUCAGAAACACUUAAAACUUUUUUAAUUUUUAUUUAUAGCUUUUAUGUUUAGAUAUAUUUUUGUUAUUAUUUUGUUUACGUUGAAUUUUUUGUUUAAGUGUAUUUGUUUUCGAUUCAAUGUCUUUCUUAUGUUUAUUGAUAUUGAUUAAUAU